GAGAGCUAGGAGAAAAGGCAAAUGCCGGCGGCAAAUCAGUACUCAGUGCUCAAGCGCUCACGCGCACGACUUCGACAUGUCUCUCAAAUUUUGGAAGCCAGGAACAGCAGGCCCCGGUAGCUCCUUGGACAGGGAUACUCAGACUGAGGAAAAUAUAGUGCAGUGUGCUCCAGCUUACUCUUCACUAUCUAUCCAAAGUCAGCGGGAAAGAUUGCCUAUAUAUAAACACCGCGAAAAGCUUCUUUGUUGCGUGGAGAAAUAUGGUGUGAUGAUAGUUGUCAGGCAAACAGGAUGUGGAAAGACCACCCAGCUUCCACAAUAUCUCAUGGAAGCCGGCUGGGCUUCAGAAGGGAAGAUCAUUGCUUGUACUCAACCUCGACGUGUUGCCGCAACAUCCGUCGCAGGUCGCGUCGCCACCGAGAUCGGAUCACUUCUUGGGGAUGAGGUUGGUUACACUAUUCGAUCUGAAGAUGUUAGCGACAUCCAACGGACACGGAUAUUGUAUUUGACGAAUGGUAUGCUUUUUCGUGAAACUUUGAUAGACCCGCUGCUGAGUAGAUACAGCGUGAUCAUGCUUGACGAAGCUCAUGAACGAACUCUCUACACUGACCUUCUGCUCGGCGUCCUCAAAAAAAUCCGACGUAAACGACCUUCCUUGCGUUUAAUAGUAUCUUCUGCGACAAUCGAUGCCUCAUCAUUUUUGGACUACUUUACUUCUGCAACGUCGUCAAGCGAUGCCACCAUCAUCAGUCUGGAGGGUCGUAUGUUUCCUGUUGAGGUGGCAUACUUGCAAGAGCCUGUGUCAGAUUAUGUCGCCAAAGCUACAAGUACCGCAGUUGAUGUCAAUGCCAAGUACGGUCCUGGGGACAUUUUGAUAUUUUUGACCGGGCGUGAGGAGAUCGAUCGAUGUUUGGAGGAACUGUCAGAGCUAGCACCCAAGACUACGCGCUCCAUGCCGAUUCUCGUACCUCUCCCUCUUCACGCUGGGUUGACAACAGAAGAGCAGCUUGCGGUUUUCGAACCUGCACAACGAGGAACCCGCAAAGUCAUCGUUUCUACAAAUACAAAUAUUGCGGAAGCUAGUGUUACUAUUGAAGGUAUUAAAUCUUUUCGAGGGCUAUCCAGGGCAGUCUCAAUACGCGCGCAACUCAAAAAGUAUAUGCAAAGAUUUAAUCUACCCCUCGAGAGCUGCCAAGGCGAUGCAAAGAGAUUGAGAAGAUGUCUUAUAAGCGGAUAUUGGCGAAAUGGCGCAAGAUGGGUCGGCGAUGGAACGUACAGGUCGGUGAGGGGAAAUAAGGUGCGUCUCUAUCAUAUUCCGGUUCAUCAUCUUCACACACACAAGUUCAGACAUUGUAUGUACAUCCGACCUCUGUACUCUUCACAAGAAAACCUCGAUCCGGCUGGGUUGUAUUUCAUGAGAUGGAGGAGACGAAAAAAACCCAGUAAGGAUAUACAUAUUUCGAUAGCUUUUCCUUUAUACAAACGUUGA